GCCGGGCUGGGUGCCCAGUCGCAGCCUGGAGCGGCCGCAGACGGAGCGCACCUUGCAGCCGCCGGGCUCGUCCUAAGGCUCCUGGUCGGGCACUAGCCCGGCUUCUGGACUCCAGUCCGACUCCUGCGCCCCCUGCUCCCUAAACUCUCGCUGCAGUCUCCUUAGAGGCGACUCCUCGCGACCCCCAGCUCCCUCUCGCCCCGCACUGUCCUCGCUCGCUCGGUCCCAUUCCCCGGCGGCGGCGGCGGCGGCGAAACGCAGCCUCUCGUGCCCUCCAAAGCCCUGGGGUGCGCAGCCAUGAGCAUCCGAGGGAUGCUGCGAGCCGCUGUGUUUCUGCUGCUCAUCAGAACCUGGCUCGCGGAGGGCAGUGACCUCAGUUCCACCCCGAAAUUCCACUUAGAGCUCUCCUCCACCGUGCCCGAAGUCGUCCUGAACCUCUUCGACUGCAAAAAUUGUGCAAAUGAAGCUACAGUUCACAAGAUUUUGGACAGGGUGCUGUCGAACUAUGAUGGCCGUCUGAGGCCCAAUUUUGGAGGCACCCCUGUGCCAGUGGGAGUGUCUAUCUAUGUCUCCAGUAUUGAACAGAUCUCAGAAGUGACUAUGGACUAUACCAUUACGAUGUUUUUUCAUCAGACCUGGAAAGAUCCACGUUUAGCGUAUCAUGAGACCAACCUGAACUUGACCCUGGACUAUCGGCUGUUUGAGAAGUUGUGGGUCCCUGACUGCUACUUUCUAAAUAGCAAGGAGGCUUUUGUUCAUGAUACAACUGUGGAAAACCGCGUGUUUCAGCUUCACCCAGAUGGAACCGUGCGGUAUGGCAUACGGCUCACCACCACAGCAGCUUGUUCCAUGAAUCUGGAAAAAUUCCCUCUGGACAAGCAGACCUGCAAGCUGGAAGUGGAGAGCUAUGGCUACACAGUUGACGACAUCCUGCUCUACUGGGAAGGCAGUGGGAAUGCCGUCCAGGGGACAGAGAAGCUUCACAUCCCUCAGUUCAGCUUCCUGGGAAAGACGAUCAGUACCAAAGAGGUGUUUUUCUACACAGGUUCCUAUGUGCGCCUGAUCCUGAGGUUCCUGGUCAAAAGGGAAGUCACCAGUUACCUUGUGCAGAUCUAUUGGCCCAGCGUCCUUACCACUGUUGUUUCUUGGAUAUCAUUUUGGAUGAACUAUGAAUCUUCUGCAGCCAGGGUGACAGUCGGUUUGACUUCAAUGCUCAUCCUGAACUCCAUCAACUCACAUCUGCGGGAUCAAUUCCCCCAAUUUUCCUGUAUCAAGGCCAUCGACAUCUAUAUGGUCGUAUGCUUCUUCUUCGUGUUCUUGUCCUUGGUGGAGUAUGUCUACAUCAACUACCUUUUCUACAACCGAAGAGGAUCCCGGCAUUCUCAGAGGCAACUCAGAAGAGCCCUAAGAGUUAUGGAGCGCUACCGCUACCGAGAAGUGGUUGUUCAUACAGCAUUCAAUGACCGGGUUAACCUAGAAGAUGAAACUGACUCUCCUCCCUCUAGCCCAUGGUGGGCCGGCCUAGCAAGCCCAGAAAGUCUUGGCUCUUUGGCCUCCCUCACAAAGGAGGCACCACUGGCCUCCUCAGAAAGCCUCAGUUCGCUGUCCUCUCUCUCUGAUGGGGCCUCGCUGGCCACCACAGAAAGCCUGAGUGAUCUCCCGUCCACCUCAGAGCAGGUGGUGCACGAUGACGGCAUUCGAGUUAAUGGUAUUGAUGUUGAUAACAGUGUUGUUCCCGCCGAAAUCCGCAACCGUGCUGAGACCCAUGACCCAGAAGAAGACCCUGAAGAGAGCUCUGACUCCGAUGAGAGUGAAGACAAUGGCCCCAGCAAGAAGCGUCUGCUUGUCCAUGGCCAGAGGCGUGUGCAAGAAGCAACCUAUGAGCUUCAGGAGAUCUGUAACACCCUUGGUGAUAUCCAUAGCUUACCUGAUGAAGUCACAGUUGAGAGCGGCUACCCUGACCUUGAGGAGCAACUCAAGCGUAAAGUUGACAGUACCCGAAGCCUCCAUAGUGAUAAUUUUAUGGCCUUUGAUGGAGAUAAGGAAAGCAACUCGGAGUCUGAUAACAGUUUCCCCCCAAGCCCUGGCUGCUCCUUCAGUAAAGGGUUCUCCUCUGAUUUCUUUGACCCUGACUACAUCCCUAAGGCUGACCAAUGCUCCCGGCUCCUCUUCCCUCUUGCCUUUGUGGUGUUCAACAUUGUGUACUGGGUGUAUCAUAUCUAUUAGUUCCCUAGUGUCCCCAAGUGGCAGGGACACUGUGCUGUGCCCCUUUCGUAGUUCCUUUUUGUUCCAUUUUGCCUUCUUUUCUGUCUUCAUUUUACUUUAUAGUUAUUGGGCAUUUGAGUCCAUUCCACCUUUUUCUUUAUAAAUAUGAUGUGAGAAGUAGUUGAAAAGGAUGUAUUCUGGCCAGAAGGGAAGGGAUUGAAGAGGAGUUUGAGGUAAAGAACACACUGAAUUUCCUUUCCUUCUGAAGACUAUCACAUUGUCAAUGACUUCUAACACCUAAGUAAGACAGAAAAGCCACCUGGAAAUGUUUACAGGACAGAGAGGAGCCAAAAUGGAGGACAGGAAGGAUCUGAGCCCUGUGUACAAAAACAUUUCUGGGGACUUUUCUGUCCCACUGAAGUGUUGAAUUUUCUUUUUCAUUAGUUUUUUCUUCUGUUUUGUUUUGUUUUUCCCCCUUCCUAGUGAUUAUGGUCCUUGCUCACCCUCUGCUUAGGGUUUCAUAAGAGAAAGCCAAACUGGGUUGUAGAAGGGCUAGCCAUCUCUUGCAAGUGCAGGUGGUGGCUCUAGGGAACUUGGGGAUUCUGAAAGUGCCU